GGGCCUCAGUCAGCCCAACGCAAUUCCCGCACAAACUGUACCCUCUCAGAAUCUCAGUCCCAUCUCCAAGCAGAAAAUCUGGUACAAAACAUAGCAGAAACAUCCUUAACAAAGUCCUAACAAAACCUCGGUGGAUCGUCUGAAAUGACAACCGUCGACACACAGACAGCGAUGGCCGAUUCAUCCAAGCCCCAAAACGACGUCCCGGCAACUGCAAAGGUUCAAUCAUCGUUCAAAAGAUGGGGUAGAAGGCAUCCCUUUGUAAGAUACGGACUGCCCAUGAUUUCUUUGACGGUGUUUGGGGCAGUUGGACUUGGUCAUCUCUUGCAAGGCAGCAAGGAUAUUUCAAAGGUGAAAGAUGAUCAUGAGUGGGAGAUUAUUGAGACUAGAAAAGCACUGUCAAGAACAGGACCCGUUAAUGCAUACAAGCCAAAAAAUAUCUCACUGGAAGAGGAAUUAAAGGCUUUGCAAGAGAAGGUGGACAUAAAUAACUAUGAGUAUAAAAGAAUUCCUAAGCCAAAUGAAGGAAAGUCAGGCUAGCCUGAGGCGCCUUCAAUUCAGUGAUUUUUUAUAAUGAUAUGACUCUUUAGCAUUUCAUAGAAAUGUGAGGGCCUCAAUCUCAUGCAAUUUUGUUUGAAAAUAUCGGUAUCUUUUUCUUUUCCCUCUCUUUUCAAGUCAACUUUUGAAAUGCACCUCUGACCAGCAUCAGCUGAUGUAUUAGAUGCAUAUGAUUUUUGUUGGAAUAUCUUGAUGGCUGUAGUGAUUGAUUCAUGUUGAGUAGUUUUGCUAUAAAAUUCAUUGCAUUCCGAUGUUCA